ACUCUUUCCAGGGUGGAUCACAAACUGACGUCUCUCUCCCUCCCUCUCGCUUCACUUUCAAUUCAGUCAAAUCAUAGUGAUCAGGCGGCGGCUGGUCCAUGCGUCUUCACUUUAGAGAGCAGUGAAAGCAGCAUCGCCUGUGCUCGUUUGCUAAGCUACCGCUAAGAGUAAGAGAUCACGAACUGAUUUCGCGAACUAGCGUGUCGACAGAGUAAACGCCGCAAAACACGCAGAAAUGGACGAAAAGGCGUUCACGAAAGAGCUGGAUCAAUGGAUCGAGCAGCUGAACGAAUGCAAGCAGCUAUCGGAGGGACAAGUGAAGGCACUUUGUGAAAAGGCAAAAGAGAUCCUGACCAAGGAGUCAAAUGUCCAGGAGGUGAGAUGUCCAGUGACGGUGUGUGGCGACGUGCACGGCCAGUUCCAUGACCUUAUGGAGCUGUUCAAGAUCGGGGGGAAAUCUCCAGACACAAACUAUUUGUUUAUGGGAGACUAUGUGGACAGAGGGUAUUACUCUGUAGAAACAGUCACUUUACUAGUAGCACUUAAGGUACGCUUCCGGGAGCGCAUUACAAUCCUCAGAGGAAACCAUGAGAGCAGACAAAUCACACAAGUGUACGGCUUCUAUGACGAGUGCCUAAGGAAAUAUGGUAACGCCAACGUUUGGAAGUACUUCACAGACCUCUUUGAUUACCUCCCUCUCACUGCCUUGGUCGACUCUCAGAUUUUCUGCCUUCAUGGAGGCCUGUCACCGUCCAUAGAUACACUGGAUCACAUUAGAGCACUAGACCGUUUACAGGAAGUGCCACAUGAGGGUCCCAUGUGUGACCUGUUAUGGUCAGACCCCGACGACCGCGGUGGCUGGGGCAUCUCUCCCCGAGGAGCUGGCUACACUUUCGGUCAGGACAUCUCCGAGACGUUCAACCAUGCCAACCGCCUCACAUUGGUGUCCCGUGCCCACCAGCUGGUUAUGGAGGGUUACAACUGGUGCCAUGAGAGGAACGUGGUGACAAUAUUUAGUGCUCCCAACUACUGCUAUCGCUGUGGUAAUCAGGCAGCUAUCAUGGAACUAGAUGAUACCCUCAAAUACUCAUUCUUGCAGUUUGAUCCCGCACCUCGCAGAGGGGAACCUCAUGUCACUCGUCGCACCCCGGAUUACUUCCUGUAAACUCUCGCCCUUCGACCGCUUGUACAGUCAAGUCCAGUAUUGCCAUGACACAUGACCUUCAGCUGAUAACAACAUAAUUGAGGAAGGGGAGGG